AGGAGUUGGUGAAACUAGUGAAGAUUGAAGCAUAGCCUUUUCCGUUACGAGCUAUAAUGAAAUGCGAUAAUUGCGAUAAUAUUCCGCGAAACACAACAUUUCUGCUAUUUGGCGCGCACGCGACUAUAGUAGUGCUGAGAAAAAAAAUUGAAAAAAUCAUUAAUACUGAAAAGAAAAUUGAGCUGAAAAGACCAACGUAUCAUCAGUAACCGUACAGUUCCAGAGAGAGAGUGAAAAACUAGAAAGACACAAACACAAACACACGAACGAACAACACAAGGAACGUGUGAGAACAAAAACCCAUUUUUGUCUCACGAGGAAGUAAGACGAGCUAAGCUCGCCGAUCUUCCGGAACAUUUGUAGAUCAAAGUGUAAAGUUUCUGUACAGGAGCCUCACACGAAUGGACUUGUACGGCCGGAGCCCCACUAGAAAUGGAUCCAACCCGCUUAGUCAACAACAUGAAUGGCGUUCACCGACAGCUGAAGCUGCUCUCGGAGAGUCGAUGUGGCAUUUGACGCUUGGUGGUGGUGGUGGUGGUGAAUCUUACCCGGAGAGACAUGGUGUGCCUAAUUGUGCUUAUUAUAUGAGAACUGGGUUUUGUGGUUAUGGUGGCAGGUGUCGUUUCAAUCACCCCCGUGAUCGAGCUGCGGUUGCUGCUGCCGUAAGAGCUACAGGGGACUACCCUGAACGGCUUGGGGAACCUCCGUGUCAGUAUUAUUUAAAAACUGGAACCUGUAAAUUUGGCGCGUCCUGUAAAUUCCACCAUCCCAAAAAUGGAGGGGGAUAUUUAAGCCAAGCUCCACUAAAUAUUUAUGGAUACCCAUUACGUCCGGGUGAGAAUGAGUGCUCCUAUUAUUUGAAAACGGGGCAGUGCAAAUUUGGCGUAACAUGUAAAUUCCACCAUCCUCAACCUGCAGGCACGUCAUUGCCAGCAUCUGCACCUCAAUUUUAUCAACAGGUGCAAUCUCCAACUGUUCCUCUGCCCGAGCAGUUUGGAGGAGCUUCCACAAGCUUGAGAGUGGCUAGACCUCCUGUGUUACCCGGUUCAUAUGUACAGGGAGCUUAUGGUCCUGUGCUUCUUUCCCCAGGGGUUGUUCCUUUUCCUGGAUGGAGUCCUUAUUCGGCUCCUGUAAGUCCCGUGUUAUCUCCUGGUGCGCAACCUGCUGUCGGGGCUACUUCUCUAUAUGGAGUGACCCAGUUGUCGUCAUCGACAUCAGCUUUUGCUAGACCUUAUACUCCUCUGCCAUCUUCUCCCGGCCCUGCAGGAAGCAGUCUGCAGGAAAAAGUAUUUCCUGAAAGACCUGGCGAACCGCUCUGCCAAUACUAUCUGAGAAAUGGGGACUGUAAAUUUGGAUUGGCUUGUCGAUAUCAUCAUCCACAGGACCACGCUGCUGCACGGCCAGUUCUUAGUCCCAUUGGUCUUCCUCUACGCCCGGGUGUACAGCCUUGUUCAUUUUAUUUACAAAAUGGGCACUGCAAGUUUGGCUCGACGUGCAAGUUUGAUCAUCCCGUGGCUGUGGGGUCGAUGAGAUACAGUCCAUCAGCAUCUUCUCUUAUUGAUGUUCCAGUUGCUCCGUACCCGGUCGGCUCUUUACUGUCUAACCUGGUUCCUUCAACAACACCUUCGGAGUUUCGGCCUGAACUAGGGUCCAAAAAGGAAUCAUCAAUUUCAUCCAGAAUGCAUUCUUCUGGAACUUCUGUCGGUUUAAUUUUUUCACAAGGCGGGUCUGUCUCGCUUUCUGAUGUGGCGCAUCUCUCAAGCCAGAGUUCGGUUUCUUUGAACGGUAGCAGAAGCAGCAGACAGAGUGGCGAGAUACAUUGAUCGGACUAGUGCGAAACUCGAAAAUGCCAUUGAGUGUGAUUUCACAAGGCUCCAUUGCUUCUGUGUAUAUCCUCUAAGAAUUUAAUGGCAACUGUUAAAAGUUUCUUUUUGCCAUUGAAAAUUGUCAUCUAAUCCUGUGUUAUUGUACACCAGGUCAUUCUCUUUUAUGCUCAUUUAAUCUGAUGAAACUACUAUUGCAAUUAUAUAUAAGCUAGAGAUUCUGAAAUAAUUGCAGUAAGGAAUAAUUUUUAAAAGCUGCACUAGUAUGCUACAGGGAAUAUUUCAUGUAAUUGGAAACAUUUUUAGUCUAUGGUUUAGUUGUUUGA